AUGGAGAAAUCGAAAAACUUCAGAAUUGACGCCUUGCUCGCUGAUGAGACCAACCGGGGAAACCGAGACCUCUCACCGGGUCUGAGCAGCGACAGCCCUACGGGCAGCCCGGUCUCCUGUCGCCGUGCGGACACCCCGUCUCCACGGGCCUCACAACUUCAGACCGGAAUAAUCCCCAAGCCGGGUGUUCUAAAUCUCCCGCAUCCAGGACUUGCUUCGCUACCCCAGGGGGCGAUUCCCGGCAUGUAUCCUGCACCCAUGUACCCAUUAUCGGCGUUGGGUGGCCAACACCCCGCGUUCGCAUACACCGGUUUCACACAACUAACACAGACCUACCCAGAGCACCUGAAGGCAGCUGCCAUGGCGGGAUCUUUGCCCCUCGAGCACUGGAUCCGCGCCGGGAUCAUGAUGCCACGACUGCCAGAUUACAGCUCGGGCCCUCAGUCUGGUCUGUUGGGGAAGUGCCGGAGGCCCCGAACCGCCUUCACCAGUCAGCAGCUCCUGGAGCUCGAGAACCAAUUCAAACUCAACAAGUACCUGUCCAGACCCAAACGCUUUGAAGUGGCCACCUCACUCAUGCUGACCGAGACACAGGUCAAGAUCUGGUUCCAAAAUCGGAGGAUGAAGUGGAAGCGCAGUCGGAAGGCGAAGGAGCAGGCCACAGCGUCGGCCCAGUCUGAGGCAGAGCGGCUACGCAGCGGAGGAAAAACAGCCAAUAACAAAACUGACGAGAGCAGACGACCUGUGAAUCCAGAUGACGGAGGGAUAGAUCUUGACAUGGAGGAUGGAGAAGAGGAAGAAGACGAGGAAGACGAGGAGGAGGAGGAAGAGGAGGAAGCCCGGCAUGGUUUUCCCAUUGCUAUGGGUAAUGGCGUUGGGGUGCCACGAUCCACAGACUUCUUGCAGCGUGUCACCGAUGUUGGCUACCAUCCCCACAGCCCUUUCUCUGAUGAGGAGCUGGAGGGGGUGCAAGUAGGAGGAGGUGACAGGAAGAUUGGGGCAGGACUGUGA